GUUUAGCUCCUCCCUCCCGUUUUCAUCUCUCCCUGUCUGGCUCCUCUGGGCGAUAGUCAUUGUUUGUCUUCUCUUCGUUGGGGCAGCCUCGUUUCUCCUGAAGGAUGUCGGGCCUUUUGACGACUAACUCCAGCUCCGUGCUCCUCCUGCUGUCUGUCUCCCCGACCCUCCUCCUCCUCCUCUUCCUCCCGCCGCUGCCGCUGGAGGCCAAGUCAUUGUCCGCUGCCCGUGGCGUGGCGGGGCGUGGUCUGGACGCCACUGGAGGCGGGGUCAGGCGUCUCCGCAGAGACCUCCGUGAUUCGCUGCCGUACGAGGCCGGGAUGAUGUCCUAUCCUGGGGAGUCGGCUGACGUCCUGACCCGGCGGGGGGGUAACGAGCUGCUCUACCAACCAGAGGAGUGGAGGGGGCAGGGCUUAGGCCAGGCUGUGCAGCAAUUGGUGGAGAACGACGAGAGGCAUGAACAGGAAACGGCGUACCUGGCCGGGUUGCUCCGCCUCCUCAGUGAAGCUGAAGGAGCUGCCGGAGAGGAGGGAGGUGAGGAGGACCAUGGGCCAGGGGACUUCCAAGGGCCCUAUACCCGUGACUACGAUGAGACAGAGCAGGGGAUGAGAAUGGGAAAUCCCCAGGCUGCAGCUCCAUGGCAGGGCCUACUGGACCCCCAGCUCACCCAGGCCCUGCUCAACAGAUACAGGCAGGAGAGGCUGCAGCAGCAGGCCGGGUUACCAGGUCUACCAGCCGCCAUCAACAGGUUUACAGAUGACAGGCUGGAAACAGGCAGCCAGGACCAAGACCAGGAGGCUCUGAGAUACCUUGUAACCAAGAUCCUGUCCAGCAUUAGUCCCAACAACCCCCAGGGUUCGUCAGGCCGCCGGGCGAGGAGGGACCUGGUGUCUGUGUCUGGUGGUGGGGGUGGAGGGGUCAGAGCAGCCUCAGAACCAGUCUUCCACAGAUCCCGUCGCUCCCUGGUCUCCCCUCCUACUCCCUCCCCCAGCCGGGAGCCCUCUCCGGGGCUUCUGAGGGUCAAGAGGCUGGGGUACAUGGAAGAGGGCCCUGGAUGGCUUGGGGGAGAGAGGGAGGGCCACAAGACCCCUAACCAUGCUGUGGGGUUACAGAGGAUGAAGAGGAUCGACAACGAACUACAGGCCCAGCCUGGUGGGAGGCCCAGCCGCAGGAGAAGAGCCCUGAACUACGACCCCCAAGCCCUAACCCACGACCCUGAGCUGCUGGUCCAACACAUCCUACACUACCUGCCACAGUAGAGAGGGAGAGAUAGAGAGACAGUGAGAGAGACAGAGAGAGAGAGAGAUGGAGAGAGAGAAACAGAGAGAGAUAGAUAAACAGAGAGACGGAGAGAGAGAAACAGAGAGAAAUAGAUGGAGA